AUGAACAAAAAUGCUCAUCAUUCUAGACAUUCAAAUAAUAAAGAUGUAAUAAUGAUAAAUGAUGAAGAAGAUGAACCAAAAAUGUAUAUAAACAUUAUAAUAAUUUAAGUUAAAAGAAAAUAAAAAAUGAAGAUGAAGAUGAUUGUAUAAUAAAUGAAGAUAUUAUUCCAUGGAUGAGCAAGAAGACAAUGAUGAUUAGACAUCCAGUAUUGAGAUUACAUAAUGAAAUUAUUGAAUUUUUUGAUUACAUUUCACCAUCUGAUCAAGAACAUAAACGAAGAAUAGCAGCCUAUAUGAGAGUAGAGAAAUACUUAUAAGAUAUUAUUCCAGAAGCUUAAAUUGAAUCAUUUGGUAGUUUCAAAACAAGGAUGUAUUUACCUAAUGCAGAUAUAGAUAUGGUAAUGAUAGAAACAUCUUGCACAUAAAAAUAAUUAUUUAAAAAAGUAGCUGCUAAAAUGAUGAAAUAAACAAAUAAAUUUGAAAAUGUUAAUUUAAUAGCUAAUGCUAAAGUGCCUAUAAUUAAAUUUAUUGAAGUUGAAUCCUAAUAUCAUUUUGAUUUAUCAUUCAAUUAAUUAGAUGGAUUAAAAUAAAUUGAAGAAUUAGAAAAAGCUUUUGAAAUUUAUCCUGAAUUAAAAUUUCUAUUAAUGACUUUAAAAUGUAUUUUAAGAUAAAGAGAUUUAAAUGAAACAUAUAGUGGAGGAGUAGGUUCCUUCUUAUUAUUUUAAAUGAUCUUGGCAUUUUUAAGAGAAUAUCGUAAAGAUUUCUUUAAACAUAAUAAACAAGAUCAAAUAAAGAAUGUUACAUUAGGUGAAUAUAUGAUUAAGUUUCUUGAAUUUUAUGGAAUCAAAUUUGAUGUAUCAAGAAAGAAAAUUGUUAUGGGUAAGGGAGGAAGUAUUGAAAACAAAUCUACAUAAGAUGAGAGAUUUUCAUUAAUUAGUCCAUAAGAUCCUGAUCAUGAUGUUGGUCAUAGUAGUUAUAAAAUUAAAGAAAUAUUUAAGAUAUUCUAAAAUAGACACAAUUUCUUAACUAAUUAUAAUUUUAAAUCUGGAGAGUCUGUACUUAGAUACUUAAUUAAUCCAACAGAUCAAAAGUUUUCAUUUCUUAAGCCAGUUUAAUUUUGA